AUGGCUUCCCUCCCUCUACCCGUUCUUCUCCACGCUCCAUUGUCCUACCACCACGCUCCUACUUUAUCACGGACCGCCAUUUCUCCACACCUGACGCGACUCGCGGCGCACUCAUCUCAUUCCCACGCAAAUGCGCGCCUCCGCACCAACGCGCAAGCCGAUGAGCUCCGGUCCCACGCAGCGGCGCUGCAGGACUGCGCCGUCCGCCGAGCGCUCCGCUGCGGUCAGCAGCUCCACGCGCGGCUGCUCCGCUCCGCGCUGCAGCCGGACACGUUCCUCCUCGACUCGCUCCUCAACAUGUACUGCAAGUGCGGCCGCCUGCUGGACGCACGAAGGGUGUUCGAUGGAAUGCCGCACAGAGACAUCGUCGCCUGGACCACCAUGGUAUCCGCUCACGCCGCCGCGGGAGACUCCGAAGAGGCUCUGAAUCUGUUUUGCCAGAUGAUUCAACAAGGACUCACUCCUAACGGCUUCACGCUCGCUUCGGUGCUUAAGGCCUGCUCGGUGGGUUCACACUCCAAGUUUACGCAUCAGGUGCAUGGUCAGGUGGUUAAGUUGCAAGGUUUGGACGACCCCUAUGUUGGUUCCUCUCUGGUUGAAUCUUACACGAGCUGCGGGGAGGUGGACGCUGCUGAGACAGUGCUGUUGGGCUUGCCCGAACGAAGCGACGUGUCAUGGAAUGCUCUGCUCAACGAGUAUGCUCGGCGCGGCGACUACGGAAGGGUCAUGCAGGUUUUCGAUAAGUUGGCGGAAUCCGGUGAUGAGAUAAGCAAGUAUACUUUGCCUACUGUUCUCAAAUGUUGUAUGGAGCUCUGUCUCGCAAGAUCUGGUCAGGCUGUUCAUGCUCUGGUGAUCAAGAGAGGGCUGGAAACCGAUAAUGUUCUGAGCAAUUGCCUCAUCGAAAUGUACUCGAGGUGUCUAUCUGCUGAUGAGGCCUACGAAGUCUUUGCCAGGAUAGAUGAGCCUGAUGUGGUGCAUUGCAGUGCCAUAAUCUCUUCUUUCGGUCGACAUGAUAUGGCUCGGGAAGCAGUUGAUCUUUUCGUAAAGAUGGCAGACAUGGGAGUCAUACCAAACCAAUAUACUUUUGUCUGCGUUGCGGGUGUUGCAUCGAGAACUGGUGACGCAAAACUUUGUCGCAGUGUUCAUGCACUUAUUGUGAAAAGUGGAUUUUCUGUGGCGAAAUUAGUGGCUGAUGCCAUUCUAAGUAUGUAUGUGAAAGUUGGUGCUGUUCAAGAUGCGACUGUCGCUUUUCAUCUUAUGCGUCAGCCUGACACAUUCUCGUGGAACACAUUUCUCUCCGGAUUUUAUAGCGAAAGCAACGGUGAGCAAGGUUUGAGGAUUUUCAAGCACAUGACUUGCGAAGGCGUUUUAGCCAACAAGUAUACUUAUGUAGGCGUUUUGAGAUGCUGCACUAGUUUGAUGAACCUGAGGUAUGGUACUCAGGUUCAUGCAUGUCUUCUGAAAAGUGGGUUGCAAAGCGAUACUGAUGUUUCCAGAGUGCUUCUUGACAUGUAUGCACAAUCAGGCUGCUUGACAAGUGCGCGCCUGGUAUUUGAUCAACUGAAAGAGAGAGAUGAUUUCACUUGGACAGUGAUUAUGUCAGGAUAUGCUAAAACGGAGGAGUCUGAGAAGGUGAUUGAAUAUUUCCGUUCAAUGUUGCAAGAAAACAGAAGGCCUAAUGAUGUCACACUAGCAGUUUCUUUGGGUGUUUGCUCUGAUAUGGCAUCCUUAGGCAGCGGGCUCCAGCUUCAUUGCUGGGCCAUCAAGUCUGGCUGGAACAGUUCAGUCGUUUCUGGUGCUCUAGUUGACAUGUAUGCGAAGUGUGGGAGCAUAACAGAUGCUGAGAGGCUAUUUUACGAGUCAGAAACACGUGAUCAAGUUGCAUGGAAUACAAUCAUAUGUGCUUAUUCUCAACAUGGUCAUGGAUACAAGGCACUGGAUGCAUUCAAGCAGAUGGUAAAUGAUGGGAAAAGACCAGAUGAUAUCACAUUUGUAGGUGUUCUCUCAGCGUGUAGCCAUGCAGGAUUGCUUGAUGAGGGAAGGAAGUAUUUCAAAUUGUUGAGUAGUGUAUAUGGAAUUACUCCUACGAUGGAGCACUAUGCUUGCAUGAUUGAUAUUCUGUCGAAGGCUGGAAGACUAGCUGAGGCUGAAUCUCUUAUCAAUACGAUGCCAUUGACCCCAGAUUCAUCCAUAUGGAGGACCAUUUUGGGAGCAUGCAGGAUACAUGGAAAUACCGAGGUUGCUAAGAGAGCAGCAGAAAAAUUGUUUGAGUUAGAGCCACAAGAUGUUUCUUCUUCCAUAUUGUUGUCAAACAUUUAUGCAGAUUUAGGAAGGUGGAGUGAUGUCAAUAGGCUUAGGAAUAUGCUACUGGAUCGUGGAAUAAAAAAGGAACCAGGGUGUAGCUGGAUUGAAGUCAAUGGCCAGAUUCACGUAUUCCUGUCGCAAGAUGGAUAUCCAAAGUAUUAGAAUUUGUUUGGUACAUGCCUUUUGUUCCCAUAGUCUGAAAUGCCACCAUGGA